ACGGUUAAUAUGCAGAUUCGUUCCCUUCAAACCGGCUUGGCCAAAUUCAGGAGGGAGUUAAAACGGCAUCUCCGUAUAGCGCUUCAGCCACAAGAUUCAUUACUGACGAUGUUUAUGGGUGCGACCGUUGUCUGAACAUGGCAUUUGUUUUAGAGGUGUAUAAUGAGAAAUUGCGCUAUAAUGUAGACGCCGCUGAUUUGGCCGAGCUGUUGAGAGGGUUGCGUCGCCCAUCACUGACGGAGAGCUGUUAUCACCUCGCCUGAGAGCCAUUAUUAUUAUUAUUAUUAUUAUUAUAUACAUAUCAAAGAAAUCUCAACGCUUUUACAUCUUUACACGGCUGAUCUGCGCGUCUGACUUUGGCUAACACGCGAUCUAAAUGCGCCGGUGAUUGUGCUGGGACACGCACAGAUUGCAUUGCAUUUUACCUCCUUAUUGUCUGAUCGUUUGUGGGGGAAAACGGCGUUGAAAUGAGUGAACAGAGCAUUUGCCAGGCCCGGGCCUCUGUGAUGAUCUACGAUGACACCAGCAAGAAAUGGGUGCCGAUCAAACCAGGCCAACAGGGCUUCAGCCGCAUCAAUAUCUACCACAACACUGCUAACAACACGUUUCGUGUGGUGGGAGUCAAACUACAAGACCAGCAGGUUGUGAUAAACUACUCUAUAGUGAAGGGUCUGAAAUAUAACCAGGCCACUCCGACGUUCCACCAGUGGCGCGAUGCCAGACAAGUCUACGGACUCAACUUUGCCAGCAAGGAGGAGGCCACCACUUUCUCUACUGCCAUGCUUUUUGCCCUCAAUGUGCUCAGCUCACAAGAUGCAGGUCCUACUGGCCAAAGGCAGAAUGGACCAGCAACGGAUGACACCGAAGCACAGAGGAGGCAGAUGAUGGAGCAGCAUCAAAUGCAAAUUGAACGGGAGCGACGGACGUCCGGUUCAGCAGCAGGUCCUCCCAUCCCUCCAGGACAUCCCUCCAUGCUGUCCUCCACUCCCCCACUCCAUCCCCCUGCUCCUGCUCCCAUGGCAGGUCCUCCAGCACCUCCACCUCCACCUGGACCUCCUCCCCCAGCUGCUGUACUGCCCCCUAAUCCCCCACCUCUCCCAGCUCCAUCAGGCUUGGCUGCAGCUUUGGCUGGAGCCAAACUACGCAAAGUACAGCGGCCUGAGGAGAGCUCUGCGGGGCCAUCCAGUGCCAAGAAUGAUGCCAGUCGCUCUAGUGGAGGCAGCGGAGGAGGAGGAGGCCUCAUGCAAGAAAUGAAUGCCCUCCUAGCACGAAGGAGGAAAGCUUCUGAAAAACCUGAAGACAGUCAAAAUGAAGAGUCCAAUGGCUCGCCCGCCUCACGUGGCUCAGAUGCUCUGAAGAAGCCAUGGGAGCGAGCAAACUCUUCAGACAAAUCUUCAGCUGGAUCAAGGUUGAGAGCUAUUGGUGGCACCACUGACGGAGAAUCGGGAGACUUCGACCGAAUGAAACAGGAAAUCUUGGAGGAGGUUGUGCGUGAACUGCAUAAAGUCAAAGAUGAGAUCAUAGAUGCCAUUAGAAGAGAACUGACUAGGAUGGGUGCUACAUAGUGUUUAGAAGCAUGAUUACACCACCAGAAGGCUCUUGGGAAGUACGGAAAGGAUUAUGUGGCGUAUUGGAGGAAUGGUCUUGCAACAUAGCUGCAACGACAUGGAAAACGUACGUGUUGCAGGAAUGUUGCAUCAACAAGGAGCAUUACAGAAAGGAACAUGAGAAAGAAGUGAGAGAGAGCGAGUGCAUGUGUGAGUGAAUGGAUGGAUGAAUGGAUGGAUGAAUGAAUGGACGGACCUUCACACUGAAUUUUCUAUUUCCUCCUGUAUAAACAUUAAAAGACUAAGCCCACUGUGCAGUUUGCUGCUCCCAGUCUUUCAAGUCUUAAGAGAAAUUUGACUAGGUGGACCUUGAUGAAGAUAUUUGUGUUUUAUACUGUUUUAUUGUUGCAUUACUGUUAUUGUAAAAGUAAUUUUAUUCUCAGUGAUAUCUGCCAGAGAAAAUAGAAACGUCAGCAUUUUAUAUUUUACCUUCACACUUUGGUUUUUUGAGAAGCACAUUCAGCACCCUUCUGCGCCGGUUUGUCACCAUCGUUCAUUACAGUUUUAAUCCUCUUCUUUUUGAUUUAGAAAAUACGGAUGUUCACUGGAUUUUUAUUAUUAUUUUUAGCUUGAAUUUGGUAGUGUGAAGUUAUUGAUGAUGGUCUUAUGAGAUGUUUCUGUAGCUCUAGCCCUGUGAAACGGCAGUUUGUGGACUCUCCUCAAUUUGGUUCGAAAGAAAAUUGGUUCGUAAUAUUGGGUCCUAAAUUAUGAAAUUAAGUGGCCUAGCCUUCUGGCUUAAUCCUCUUAAACACGUGACAGUAAAAUGGCCUUUGAAUAAAACACUGAAUCUAUAA